UCUUCGAGAAGGAAAUCGUCCCUCGCGAACUCGACGACGAUCAGCAGUAAGACAUUUUGUUCAGCGAAAUGGUGAGAAAAACCGCGAAUCCGCCGCGAUCCCCCACGAGGAGUUCAAAAAAGCCAGGCAAGGAGCACAAAUCGGUGAUCAGCCGAUUUGCAUUACCUUUUUUUCAUAAUGAGCUGGCCAAACUGAAGCAACACAUGAGAGACCAACACAUCGCAGCUAUAAACAUGACACCAUUCGGGCAUUUUCUGGAUUGCCCGAAAAUGAAGUUUCCAUGGCACCGACUUGUUGCCCUCGUCAAUAGCUUCAGUUCGGAAUCUAUGUCCUUCAAGAUUGGAAGUGACAUUGAGCUUCCGUUUGAAGUUGAAGAAUAUUCUGUAGUCUUAGGACUACACGCGAAAGGAGUCUACGUGACCGAAAAUACAUCGGUCGAAAGCGAAUGGUUUGUUCGAAUUUUUGGGAGCAAGCCACGUUCUGUAACCCGCGGGCAGGUGUUGCAGAAGCUGCGUGAGGCUCUGUUGCAGGGGCUGGAGCCUCUUUCUGUUGCGGAUGUUGCUCGUCUUUUUAUUAUGUUUGUUUUUGCAAAUAUUUUAUUUUGUUCUGCGAAUUAUUCUGUACCCCUUUUUUUGUUACCGUAUGUGGAAGACCUGAGUGCGAUUGGUGACUACGCGUGGGGACCCGCGAGUCACCGUUAUCUGUUGAAGUCUAUAAGCGACUUCAAGUCCGGGAAAAAAUAUUUGACAGGCUGCACCGCGGGUUUGUUGGCCUGGUUCAAUGAGAGGGUCCCAACUCUGGACAAGGCACGGUGCCUUCCGAAGGUACCGCGUCUCUUUCGGUGGCUGAAUAGCCUCGGUCCAAUGUCCAGGGUUCAUGCAGUUGAUGAACUGACUUCCAUAAAGCGGUCCGAUGUUCAGGAAUUCUAUCGGAUAGGCACGGAAGAAAAGUUCGUUCGUGCAAUUUGUCAUGCUUCAGAGGAAGCAGCGCAGGAAAUUGCGGCUUUGAAGGUGGAGCUGCGGAAGAAAGACACUGCAAUUGCCAGACUUGCUAAUAAAUUACAAAGAUCUAGAGCCGGUGUUGUCGAUGACGACAGUGAAGGUGAGGGUGAGGACGAGAGCGAUGGCGAGGAGGGUGAUGCAAACUAUGGGGAUGAAGAGACAGCAGACCGGAUGGCUGUGGAGUCUGAGAGGAAAGAGAAGCAGACUGACAUGGAGGAGAAGCAAGGUCAGGAGGAGGAGAGUCAGGGUGAAGAGGAGGAGGAGGAGGAGAAGGAGGAAAAAACUGGGGAGGAGGAGAGGCAGACUGAGGAGGAUCCCGAGGAGGCAGCGGAAGAGCAAGCGAAUACCGAGCGCCGAAGCAAAAAAAAAAUGGACAUCCUUUUGGCCGAAGUUGAUCCGAUAAACGAGUCAGAUGACGAAGGGGUUGGUAGCCUGCUAGAGUUUAACCAAUUGAUGGCCAUUGUUCCUUAUGUUGCACCGAUAGAUGUCAAGCAGGGCGAUGACUCCGACCGUGAGACUUGUAGCAGGGCCGCAGAUUCAUCGAUUGUACGUGGUGUAAUGGCACGUAAGGAUCGGAAGAGAAAGAAGAAGCCUGAAUUCGUGACACCCGUGUCGACACCGCGAAUUGAGAAAGCGAGAAGAACACGGAGGGCGAAAGGAAAGUCAGCGGUCGACGUCAAUAAUGAGCAGGAACCAUUUGUCGUCGGCGACGACGGGGACUCGGAUGCUAAGGUUGUAGCAGACCCUGGAGCACAAAAGUGGGAGGGAUAUCGCAAUAACGACAGCUACUGUGGAAAGGGUUCCUUAUCUGAGGAUGAGACGAACACCAUUGAACAUUUUCUCGCGUCAUUCGCUGUCCGGGACACUGUAUGGCAGCAGGGCGUCGUGUCUGUCUCGGCCGAUGCCGUUUUAGAACUACUGUUUGACGAAGCUGUGAAAGGCGAAGUCAUCGACGCGUACCUAUAUCAUCUAUGCAGCAAUGAAUAUCAGCUCCAACACAAUCCGCAGGUGCGGUGUGGUUGUGUGCCAUGGUUCGUAGCGAAAGCCGUGAACGACGCGCUAUCACGACCAAGCAGGGGAGCGAAAAAGCCGAGCAUCAAUAAGGGUAAUGUACUCGCGUUUGCCAACUCGCUGCAAGUGACCGUAGGCCAAGAGAUUGCCGGAAUCAUGGACAAAAUCCGGUCUGGGUGCCGGUACAUAUUUCUACCCGUACACACCCGGUUCCACUGGCAUCUCUGCAUACUGGAUACCGUCAAACGUGUUGUGUUGGAGUGUAACUCAAUGCGCGACCCCUUCGGGCAGGGGAAUGCAAAGAAAUUGACGCGAUUUUUAUCGUUGUAUAUGAACGCGUCACGACUAUGGCCUAUGGUCAGCGACAUGCCCGAGUACAUUAGAUGCCGACACCAGGGUGAAACGUUGGACUGUGGACCUUUAGUCUGCAUGUUCGCAGAGUGUUAUGCGCGGGCAGGUCCAGAUGUCAAUCUCGUUGGUGUCCUCGGCGAGGACUUCGGCGAUGUCAAGAGCUACCGAGGCACGAUUGCGGCGAGGAUAUUGAAAGGUCCCCCCUUCUGAAAUGUAGACCCCGAUGGAAAAAUAGGGCAGGUUAACACAUGUAAUGAAUUUGGAUUGAUUUGGGAAGUUUUUGCGUUGUGUGGCGAGGUGAUGGAUUUGUUGAAUGUCUUCAGUUUGGAUUGAUCUGGGAAGUUAUUGUGUUGUGUGGAGGUGAUGGAUUUGUUUAAUGUCUUCAAUUUGGAUUGACCUGGGAAGUUAUUGCAUUGUGUAUCGAGGUGAUGGAAUUGGUAAAUGUCUUUUACGUGGAUUGAUUUGUCAUCUUCAUUAUAUACCUGCGUUGUGUGGUGAUACCCGUUGAUAGCUUUUAUGU